AUGCUGAAGAAAGUAGCAACAGCCCAGGAUGACAUAACUGGUGAUGGUACUACUUCCAAUGUCCUCCUCAUCAGAGAGCUGCUGAAGCAGGCGGAUUUCUACAUUUCUGAAGGUCUUCAUCCCAGAAUAAUUACAGAAGGAUUUGAAGCUGCAAAGGAAAAGGCCCUUCAGUUUUUGGAACAAGUCAAAGUAAGCAAAGAGAUGGACAGGGAAACACUUAUAGACGUGGCCAGAACAUCUCUAUGCACUAAAGUUCAUGCUGAACUCUCUGACGUCUUAACAAAGGCUGUAGUGGACUCCAUAUUGGCCAUUAAAAAACAAGAUGAACCUAUUGAUCUCUUCAUGGUUGAGAUCAUGGAGAUGAAACAUAAAUCUGAAACAGAUACAAGCUUAAUCAGAGGUCUCGUUUUGGACCACGGGGCACGGCAUCCUGAUAUGAAGAAGAGAGUAGAAGAUGCAUACAUCCUCACGUGCAACGUGUCAUUAGAAUAUGAAAAAACAGAAGUGAAUUCUGGCUUUUUUUACAAGAGUGCAGAGGAGAGAGAGAAAUUAGUGAAAGCUGAAAGGAAAUUCAUCGAAGACAGAGUUAAAAAAAUAAUCGACCUGAAAAAGAAAGUCUGUGGUGAUUCAGAUAAAGGAUUUGUUGUUAAUAAUCAAAAGGGAAUUGAUCCCUUUUCCUUAGAUGCUCUUGCCAAAGAAGGCAUAAUAACUCUGCGCAGAGCUAAAAGGAGAAACAUGGAAAGGCUGACUCUUGCUUGUGGUGGGAUAGCCCUAAAUUCUCUUGAUGACCUAAAUCCUGAUUGUUUGGGACAUGCAGGACUUGUCUAUGAAUAUACAUUGGGAGAAGAGAAGUUCACCUUUAUUGAGAAAUGUAACAAUCCUCGCUCUGUCACAUUAUUGAUCAAAGGACCAAAUAAGCACACGCUUACUCAAAUCAAAGAUGCAAUAAGAGAUGGCUUGAGGGCUGUUAAAAAUGCUAUUGAUGAUAGCUGUGUAGUCCCAGGUGCUGGUGCAGUGGAAGUGGCAAUGGCAGAAGCCCUGGUUAAAUACAAGCCCAGUGUAAAGGGCAGGGCCCAGCUUGGAGUUCAAGCAUUUGCUGAUGCAUUGCUCAUUAUUCCCAAGGUUCUUGCUCAGAACUCUGGUUUUGACCUUCAGGAAACACUAGUUAAAGUUCAAGCAGAACAUUCAGAAUCCGGUCAGCUUGUGGGUGUGGACUUGAACACUGGUGAACCAAUGGUAGCAGCAGAAGCAGGCAUAUGGGAUAACUAUUGUGUAAAGAAACAGCUUCUUCACUCCUGCACUGUGAUUGCCACCAACAUUCUCCUGGUUGAUGAGAUCAUGAGAGCUGGAAUGUCUUCUCUAAACGGUUGAAUUGAAGCUUCCCUUUUAUCUGAAUCCUGAAUACUACAGAGUGAUCCUAAUAAUACAGCUAUGGAAUUUUGGUCCAAGCUUCAAAUGAUCUUCAAAGGAUUUUCUUUUCCCAUAUUAAAAAAGGAGAGAACAUUGGCACCUAUUCAGAUUCUGAAGUUCUGAAAUUAUAAUUACAGUAUUUUUUAAAUUGCACUGCAGUGUCCACAUACAGCAGGUCAUACUUACCCAGUAAACAGGACAUUUUGCUUUACCCUCAGUGAUAUAAAAAUAUUAGAUAAGCAUAUGUUAUCUACCUUGUUAUUAAAUAUUCAUUGAAAAACAAAA